GUUGGCUGGCGUUGUCCAACAUGGAGGAGGCACUGGUCUCGGUCAUCACCUGCAAGAGGGACUAAUCUCCGCCUGGUGUUCAGGGACUUCGCCUCCUGCACGCCCUGCGGCGGACCCCGUCUCCGGUUGCUCCUCCGGCCACGGGCUUCCCGGCGGGGAGGCAGCACAAGGAGGGAGCGCGGUGGCCCUGAGUUUCCCUAAGCCAUGGGCAACGAGGCGAGCUUGGAAGGGGAAGGGCUCCCCGAAGGGCUGGCGGCGGCGGCAGCAGCGGCGGCCGGAGGAGGGGCUGGCGGGGCGGGGAGCCCCUUGCACACCGUGACUCCGGCCGGCAUGGAGGCGGAUCUGAGCCAGCUGAGCGAAGAGGAGAGGAGACAGAUCGCUGCUGUCAUGUCAAGGGCGCAGGGGCUGCCCAAGGGAAGCAUUCCUCCGGCCUCUGCGGAGCCUCCUUCUAUGCACAGGAAACAAGAGUUGGAUAGUAGUCAAUCUCCAAAGCAACCAGGAAAACCGCCGGACCCUGGGCGUCCAGUUCAGCCUGGUCUCAGUAAAAGUAGAACUACAGACACUCUGAGGUCAGAGCAGAAAUUGCCUGGAAGGAGUCCUUCCACUAUUAGCUUGAAAGAAUCGAGAUCCAGAACUGAUUUUAAGGAAGAGCACAAGUCUAGUAUGAUGCCUGGCUUCCUCUCAGAGGUUAAUCCUUUAAGUGCUGUCUCCUCUGUUGUAAAUAAAUUCAAUCCUUUUGAUUUGAUAUCAGACCCUGAUGCCUCCCAGGAAGAAGCCGCCAAGAAACAAAAAAUAUCUCAGAAGGAACAAGGAAAACCUGAAGGAAUCACAAAGCCUCCAUCACAACAACAGUCACCCAAGCCAGUUCCUAAGCAGCCAGGACCCGUGAGGGCCCUGCUUCAGCAGGACGGUUCUCCCAAAUCAGUAUCUCCUCAGCAGCCAGAAAAAAUUAAAUCACAACCUCCAGAAACAGGAACGCCAACUCAGGGCCUCACCCAGGCUCCUCAGACAGACCAGGCAAAAUUGCCACUUCAAAGAGAUGCAGCCAGGCCUCAGACUAAACAGACAGAUACGGUAAGGGGAGAGUCUGUUAAACCCUCACUGCAAAGCCCAUCCAAGCCACCUAUUCACCAAGUAAGUCCUGGAAAGCCUCCAGCCCAGCAGCCUGGACCUGGAAAACCUUCCACACCACAGCCUGGGCCUGCAAAGCCCUCAGCUCAGCAACCAGGGCCAACGAAGGCCCUAGCUCAACAGCCAGGGACCCCAAAGCCCCCGGCCCAGCCACCGGGAACAACAAAGCCUGCAGCUCAGCCUCCUGGACCAAAGUCUCCAGCUCAGCCUCCUGGGCCUUCAAAGACUCCAGCUCAGCCACCUGGGCCAGCAAAGACUCCAGCUCAGCCACCUGGGCCAGCAAAGCCCACGGCCCAACAGCUGGGGACAACGAAAUCCCCGGCUCACCAACCUGGGCCACAGUCUCCAGCUCAGCCACCUGGGCCUGCAAAGACUGCAGCUCAGCAGGUUGGGCCAGUGAAGCCUCAGGUCCAGCAGCCUGGGCCAGGCAAGACUCCAGCUCAACAGCCUGGCCCAGCGAAGCCCCCUCCUCAACAGCCUGGCCCAGCAAAGCCCCCUCCUCAGCAGCCUGGCCCAGCAAAGCCCCCUCCUCAGCAGCCUGGCCCAGCAAAGCCCCCUCCUCAACAGCCUGGCCCAGCAAAGCCCCCUCCUCAGCAGCCUGGCCCAGCAAAGCCCCCUCCUCAGCAGCCUGGCCCAGCAAAGCCCCCUCCUCAACAAUCUACAAAACCAGUAAGCCAAACAGGGAAACCUCUGCAGCCACAAACUUUUCCAUCUGCAGCACAGACUCCAGUACAAGGCCUCCCAAAAACCAUCUGUCCUCUUUGCAGUACCACUGAACUUCUGUUGCAUGUUCCAGAAAAGGCCAAUUUUAACACAUGCACUGAGUGUCAAACCACUGUUUGUAGCCUCUGUGGUUUUAACCCCAAUCCUCACUUAACCGAGAUAAAAGAGUGGCUCUGUUUAAACUGUCAGAUGCAGAGAGCUCUAGGAGGUGACCUGGCUCCAGUUCCAUCAUCACCCCAGCCCAAACCGAAGACUGCCCCUGUUCCUACAUCAGCAGUGAGCAAGCCAACCCCACAGUCACAGCAGAUUUCUCCAAAGAAAGAUACUACGCCCAAACAGGAGGUCUCAAAGGCACCUGAGUCUAAAAAGCCCCCACCACUACUGAAACAGCCAACCCUUCACGGCUCCCUCCCAGUCACAGCCCAGCAGCCUCCUGUGGCAGAGUCCUCCUCCAAGCCAGCCCCUCCCAAAGAGCCUUCUGUCCCAUCUGAACAGGCCAAGGUCUCCGUGGCUGAUGAUAAACCAAAGCAGCCCAAGACAGGAAAGCCAGCCACAGACAUUGUGUCUUCAUCGUCAACAGCAGCAAAACCGGAUGUUCCAAGCUCCAAAGUACCAUCACAGGAUCAAGAGAAAGCAAUUCCUUCUCUAAAAGCAGACUCUGCCAAACCCUCACAGAGUUUUCCACCAACAGGAGAAAAAGUCACCCCAUUCGAUUCUAAAGUCAUACCUCGACCUGCAUCAGAUUCAAAACUUAUUUCACAUCCUGGGCCUAGUUCAGAGAGCAAAGGUCAAAAGCAAGUUGAUUCAACUCAGAAGAGGGACGAACCCAAGAAAGCACAAGCCAGAAUGAGUCCUAAGCCAGAUGCCAAGCCUGUGCCAAAAGGGGCAGUAACACCCCAAGGUCCACGACCUUCCACUGGCCAAACUGCCCCCCCAUCUCCACAGCCCCCGAAACCUCAGGAGCAGUCGAGACGUUUUAGUCUGAAUCUGGGAAGUAUUUCUGAUGUCCCUAAAUCACAGCCCACAACUCCUCAAGAAACAGUGACUGGGAAACUCUUUGGGUUUGGAGCAUCCAUUUUCAGCCAGGCAUCAAAUCUAAUCUCCACAGCAGGCCAGCCUGGGUCUCAUUCACAGGGUGGGCCAGUGGCCCCGACAAAACAAGUCCCUCCUUCGCAGCCACCUACUUCUCAGGGGCCACCCAAACCCACAGCACCACCUGCACCUGCAAAGGUUAUACCUGUGAAAAAGGAAACCAAAGCUCUAGUAGCUGAAAAAUUAGAGCCCAAAGCUGGACAAGUUUCAACAGUAAAAAGAACAGAAACAGAAAAGAAGCCUCUGCCUACUAAGGACAGCAAACCUUCAACAGCCGAGCCUCAAAAGGCUGUUCUUCCCCCCAAACUGGAGGAAACCCCCAAACCAGAAUCAGCCUGUCCUCUCUGCAAAACUAAACUCAACAUAGGUUCUAAGGAUCCUCCUAACUUCAAUACUUGCACUGAAUGCAAGAAACAAGUGUGUAAUCUCUGUGGAUUUAACCCUACACCACACUUGACUGAGAUUCAGGAAUGGCUUUGUUUAAAUUGCCAAACCCAGAGAGCGAUAUCAGGACAGCUUGGAGACAUGGGCAAAAUACCACCUACACAGACAGGACCGAAAGCCUCUCCUAUGCCUGUCCCUACAGAACAACCAUCUCAGAAAAUAGCAAUGCCUGCCCAAGUAAAAGUGAAAAAGAGGGAACAAGAAGGAAAAACCGAAGGUGAAAAAAUCAUUCCAGAAAAAGUGAAAGAAACACCUUCAGUUGAAAAAAUUCCCCUUAAGGAAACCACAGAUCAAAUCCAAGAAGAGAGUAAACUAGAGAAAGACAAAACUUCAGCCCCUCAAGGAAAGAAGCCAACCCCUGAAGACAAAAAGCCACUCCUAGAAGAAAAAAAGCCACCUCUUGAAGAAGAAAAGCCAACCCUUAAAGACAAAAGGCCAGCUCUUGAAGACAAAAAGUUACCCCCAGGAGCAAAAGUAUCAGCUCUAGAGGAGGAACAGAAAUAUGACUCACUUAAAACUCAAGUACAGAUUGCUGAAGGAAAACCUGAAGGUAGAGUGGCUGCAGAGGCAGUGCGAGAAAAGAAACAACCACUGACCAAGAUGGAAGAUUUACCAUCUGGCGCACCUCAGAGUUUGUCUAAGAAACAUGAUGGGAUGACUCAAAACAUAAAAGAACAGCCACAGGCAGCAUGCUCGGCAAAGCCUGAUCAGAUGGAACCUAGGAAGGAAAAAACAGAAAAGGAAGAUGACAAAUCAGACACUUCAAGUGUUCAGCAGCCGAAAAGCCCACAAGGUCUGAGUGACACAGGAUAUUCUUCUGACGGAAUAUCAAGUUCGCUUGGUGAAAUUCCAAGUCUUAUUCCCAGUGAUGAAAAGGAUUUGCUCAAGGGACUCAAAAAGGACUCCUUUUCACAAGAAAGCAGCCCAUCCAGCCCCUCAGAUUUGGCUAAGUUAGAAAGUAUGGUCCUAUCCAUUUUGGAAGCUCAGGCAAGUACACUUGAAGAAAAGUCAGAAAAGAAAACAGAACCCCGUGAGGUUUCUCCUGAGCAGCCUAAGGACCAACAGAAAACUCAGAGUUUAGCCAAAACGCUGGAAUCUACAGUUUCAGAGGAGCUUAAAGAGAGUCAAGAAGAAAAAGACACUGUUAAGAAAGAGAGCCAACAAGACAUCCCUUCCAGAAAGGACCAUGAAGAAAAGUCUGAAUUUGUUGAUGAGUUGGCUACAAAAAGGCAGCCUUAUGAUUCAAUUGAAGACAGUAGCGAAAGUGAAAACUCACCUGUUCCACAAAGAAAACGGAGAACUAGUGUUGGUUCAUCAAGCAGCGAUGAAUAUAAACAUGAAGAUAGUCAAGGAUCAGGUGAAGAGGAGGACUUCAUUCGAAAGCAAAUCAUAGAAAUGAGUGCUGAUGAAGAUGCUUCAGGUUCUGAAGAUGAUGAGUUCAUUAGGAACCAGCUCAAAGAGAUUAGUAGUAGUAUUGAAAGCCAGAAGAAGGAAGAAACCAAAGGGAAGGGAAAAGGAACAGCAGGGAAACACAGGCGAUUGACGCGAAAAAGUAGUUCAAGCUUUGAUGAUGAUGCAGGGAGGCGCCAUUCGUGGCAUGAUGAAGAUGAUGAGACCUUUGAUGAAAGUCCUGAACUUAAAUACAGAGAAACUAAAAGUCAGGAGAGUGAAGAACUUGUAGUUGCCGGAGGAGGAGGGCUACGUCGAUUCAAAACGAUUGAACUCAAUAGCACUAUCACAGAUAAAUAUUCUGCAGAGACAUCACAGAAAAAAACAGCUUUGUACUUUGAUGAAGAGCCAGAAUUAGAAAUGGAAAGCUUGACAGACUCUCCGGAAGAUCGGUCAAGGGGGGACGGAUCUUCUAGUCUUCAUGCCUCUAGCUUCACUCCUGGCACAUCCCCUACAUCAGUUUCGUCACUUGAUGAGGACAGCGACAGUAGCCCGAGUCACAAAAAAGGAGAGAGCAAACAGCAACGCAAAGCUCGACACAGAUCGCAUGGCCCUCUUUUACCUACGAUUGAAGAUUCUUCAGAGGAAGAAGAAUUGAGAGAGGAAGAAGAAUUAUUGAAGGAGCAAGAAAAGCAACGGGAAUUAGAACAGCAGCAAAGGAAGAGUUCUAGUAAGAAAUCAAAGAAAGACAAAGAUGAACUUCGAGCUCAGAGAAGGAGGGAAAGACCAAAGACACCACCCAGUAAUCUCUCUCCCAUCGAAGAUGCGUCUCCAACAGAAGAAUUACGUCAGGCUGCAGAAAUGGAGGAGCUCCAUCGAUCUUCUUGUUCUGAAUAUUCACCUAGCAUAGAGUCAGACCCAGAAGGCUUUGAAAUAAGCCCAGAGAAGAUAAUCGAAGUACAAAAAGUUUAUAAAUUGCCCACAGCUGUGUCUUUAUACUCACCGACAGAUGAGCAAUCUAUUAUGCAGAAAGAAGGUAGCCAAAAGGCAUUAAAAAGCGCUGAGGAGAUGUAUGAAGAAAUGAUGCAUAAAAGCCAGAAAUAUAAAGCUUUUCCAGCUGCAAGUGAACGAGACGAAAUGUUUGAAAAAGAGCCUUUGUAUGGUGGGAUGUUAAUAGAGGAUUAUAUUUAUGAAUCUUUAGUAGAGGACACAUACAAUGGUUCCGUUGAUGGCAGUCUGCUCACGAGGCAAGAAGAAGAAAAUGGAUUUUUACAGCAGAGAGGGAGAGAGCAAAAAAUAAGACUUCCAGAACAGAUUUAUGAAGAUCCCAUGCAGAAAAUUACAGACCUUCAGAAAGAGUUUUAUGAGCUAGAAAGCUUACAUGCUGUUUUGCCUCAAGAAGACAUUGUAUCAAGCUCUUUUAUCAUCCCAGAAAGCCAUGAGAUUGUGGAUCUGGGUAGUAUGGUAACUUCUACCAGUGAAGAAAAGCAAUUAUUAGAUGCUGAUACUGCCUAUGAAGAACUCAUAAAAAGGCAACAGAUGCAAUUAACACCUGGAUCCAGUCCCACCCAGCCCCCCAUCAGGGAUGAUAUGACAGAGUCUACUGUGGACUUUGACAGGGUGCCUGAUGCAUCUUUGACAUCAAGUGUUCUCUCAGGAGCAUCUCUUACAGAUUCGACCAGCAGUGCAACACUGUCCAUCCCAGAUGUUAAAAUAACCCAACAUUUUUCAACAGAAGAAAUUGAGGAUGAAUAUGUGACUGAUUAUACAAGAGAAAUUCAAGAGAUAAUUGCUCAUGAGUCACUGAUUUUGACCUACUCUGAGCCUUCAGAAAGUGCUACAUCUGCCCCACCCUCUGACACACCCUCUCUCACAUCAUCUGUUUCUUCAGUUUGUACCACAGAUAGCUCCUCGCCCAUUACUACCCUGGAUAGCAUAACCACAGUUUAUACUGAGCCAGUGGACAUUGUAACUAAAUUUGAAGAUUCUGAGGAAAUUUCUUCAUCAACAUAUUUCCCAGGCAGCAUUAUAGACUAUCCAGAAGACAUAUCUUUAGAUCGGACUACCAUACCAGAUGGUAGAACUAGUGCUGAUCACAUUGUGAUUUCCUUAUCUGAUAUGGAACCUUCUCUCGUAGAAUCUGUAGGAACUAAACUUGAGGAGCUAAUUGCUGACACUAUCUCUACUGACUUAUCUGUAUCUGAAAAAGACCCAGUGAAGAAAGCCAAGAAGGAAACGGGGGAUGGAAUUAUUCUGGAAGUUUUGGAAGCUUACAGAGAUAGAAGGAAGGAGUCGGAGGCUGAACUAACAAAAAUUAGCCCAUCUGAAACUGUGUUUGAUCAGACACCUUCUUCUCUAACAGCCAUUCCAAUGAAGGAGCAGAUUUCAACUACAUGCUUUUUAUCUGAAGACGUUUUUGGUCAAGCAAAGCCUGCAUCUCAGCUGCCAUCUGGCACUCCUUCUAUUUCCUGUCUUCCAACCAAAGCUCGUCCAUUCCUUCGAAGUUCUUCUUUGGACACAUCAGCCCAACCUCCUCCCCCUCCUCCUCCUCCUCCCCCACCCCCUCCUCCCCCUCCACCCCCUCCUCCUCCCCCACCUCUUCCUCCACCAACCUCACCUAAACCAACUAUUCAUCCUAAAAAAAAGUUAACAGUUCCAGCUCCAGUGACUGCGACUACUGCAGCUACACCCCUAGUAGAUUCUGUUACUACAGUAGAGACCACAGCUGCUCCAAGAAGUGAUGGGUUACCUAUAACAAAAAUAUGUACCACUGCACGUCCUCCUGUUCCACCUAAGCCAUCUUCAGUUCCAUCUGGACUUGUAUUUACACAUAGACCUGAGCCAAGCAAACCUCCAGUUGCCCCUAAACCAGCAAUUCCUGAACCUCCAGUCACUACCGCAAAACCAACAGAUACGCAGCCCAAACCAACAGGUCUGCCUAUAACUUCAAAUAUGACAUUAAAUUUAGUGACUUCAGCAGAUUAUAAAUUGCCUUCCCCUACCUCUCCGCUUUCCCCUCACUCUAACAAGUCCUCGCCAAGAUUUUCCAAGUCUCUCAUGGAAACUUAUGUGGUUAUCACAUUGCCAUCUGAACCUGGGACUCCAACAGAUUCUUCAGGGAGUCAAGUUAUUACCAGCUGGCCCUUGGGAUCACCCCCCAAAGAUCUGAUUUCCAUUGAGCCAGUAUUUUCUGUAGUUCCUCCUAUGACAGCUUCAGAAAUUUCAAGUUCUUCACAACAGAGCCUGUACAUCUCAGGAGCUUUGGAGACAUUUUCUGCUAUCCCUGUCACAACACUAUCUUCAUUUCAAGAACCCCCAACUUCAGUUACACAGUUUCUCCCAGCUGAAGUUUCCAAGGCUGAGUUUUCAACAGCGAAAAGUACAGUCGCUAGUACUGGUCUCAGCAGUGUCUCUAUAUCCAUUCCUCCAGAGCCUCUUGCUCUAGAUCACCUCCAUUUAGAGAAGCAACAGUAUAAAGAAAAGGUCAAGUUGCAACUUGUUGGUGAUGCUAUUGAUCUGCGUACAGUACCCAAAGUAGAAGUUAAAGUAACUGAAAAAUGUAUGGAUCUUUCUGCUUCCAUGAUGGAUGUGAAGAGGCAGACCACAAUAAGUGAAAUGUAUGGGAGACAAAUUAGUGCUGUCCAGCCCUCUAUUAUAAAUCUCAGUGCAACUUCAUCAGGAGUGACUCCAGUAUCCCUGAUCACCGAGACAGUGACUGUUGUCACGUGCACAGCUACUGCAAGUUACACCACAGGCACAGAAAGCCUAGUGGGUCUAGAACAUGCAACAGUAAUGCCACUCCAGCUCACUACAUCAAAGCAUGUAGAGCCCCCAUACAGGGUACCAAGUGGCCAGGCCUUUCCUACAGUUAGGGAGGAAGCACCAAUAAACUUAUCUUUAAGCACUUCUGUACACCCAAUGACAUCAGCUCUUACGAAACCCAUUACUGCACCUCCUGUUGGUGUCACAAAUGGAUGGACUGAUAGCACCACAUCACAGGGCAUCACUGAUGGGGAAGUAGUGGAUCUCAGUACCUCAAAGUCUCAUAGAACUGUUGUAACAAUGGAUGAAGCUACUUCAAAUGUGGUGACCAAAGUAAUAGAAGAUGAUGAAAAACCUGUUGAUCUGACUGCAGGAAGAAGAGCUGUGUGCUGUGAUGUGGUUUAUAAGUUACCUUUUGGAAGGAGCUGCAUGGCACAGCAGCCUGCAACGACUCUUCCUGAGGAUCGUUUUGGUUAUAGGGAUGAUCACUAUCAAUAUGAUCGAGCAGGGCCAUAUGGUUAUAGAGGGAUUGGGGGAAUGAAACCUUCCAUGUCUGACACUAAUUUAGCAGAAGCUGGACAUUUUUUCUAUAGAAGUAAGAAUGCUUUUGAUUAUUCUGGAGGAACUGAUGCAGCAGUAGAUCUAACUUCAGGGAGAAUUACUACAGGUGAGGUAAUGGAUUAUUCAAGCAAGACUACAGGUCCCUAUCCAGAAACACGACAAGUCAUUUCAGGAGUUGGGAUUAGUACUCCACAGUAUUCCACAGCAAGAAUGACUCCACCUCCAGGACCUCAGUAUGGUGUGGGGAGUGUUUUGAGGUCAUCUAAUGGUGUUGUCUAUUCUUCGGUAGCAACUCCAAUUCCUUCCACAUUUGCCAUCACCACACAACCUGGCUCCAUUUUCAGCAACACCAUGAGGGAUUUGUCUGGUGUGCACGCAGCUGACGCUGUGACUUCAUUAUCCGCCCUGCACCAGAGCCAGCCAAUGCCUAGAUCGUAUUUCUUGACAACAGGUGCAUCUGUAACAGACAUUGCAGUGACUGGUGUUGAUAUCAAUGCCAGUUUGCAAACUAUCACUAUGGAAACUCUGACAGCUGAGACGAUGGACUCAGUUCCCACUUUAACCACAGCGUCUGAAGUAUUUUCUGAAGUGGUGGGAGAGGAAAGUGCGCUUUUAAUCGUCCCCGAAGAAGAUAAGCAACAACAGCAACUGGACUUGGAGCGUGAGCUCUUGGAACUGGAGAAAAUUAAGCAGCAGCGUUUUGCUGAGGAAUUAGAGUGGGAACGGCAGGAAAUUCAAAGGUUCCGAGAACAGGAAAAGCUCAUGGUUCAAAAAAAGCUGGAGGAGCUGCAGUCAAUGAAGCAGCAUCUCCUGUAUCAGCAAGAAGAGGAGCGGCAAGCCCAGUUCAUGAUGAGACAGGAGACUUUAGCGCAGCAGCAGUUGCAGCUGGAGCAGAUCCAGCAGCUGCAGCAACAGCUUCACCAGCAGCUCGAGGAGCAAAAGAUCCGCCAGAUCUACCAGUAUAACUAUGACCCCUCUGGAACUGCUUCUCCACAAACCACUACAGAGCAGGCCAUUCUGGAAGGUCAGUAUGCUGCCCCAGAAGGUGGUCAGUUUUGGGCGACCGAAGAUACAACCACCACAGCCUCUGCCGUGGUGGCGAUUGAAAUACCACAAAGCCAAGGAUGGUACACAGUUCAGUCGGAUGGGGUUACUCAGUACAUUGCCCCACCUGGCAUCCUGAGUACUGUUUCAGAAAUACCUCUGACAGACGUGGUUGUAAAAGAGGAGAAGCAACCCAAAAAGAGAAGUUCUGGAGCUAAAGUCCGUGGCCACUAUGAUGAGAUGGGGGAAAAUCUGGCAGAUGAUCCCCGCUGCUUUAAAAAGAUAGUGGACAGUGGGGUACAAACUGACGAUGAAGAUGCAGCGGAUCGGAGUUACGUGAGUAGGAGAAGGAGAACUAAAAAGAGUGUCGAUACAAGCGUCCAAACGGAUGAUGAAGAUCAGGAUGAAUGGGAUAUGCCUACUAGAUCAAGGAGAAAAGCUCGCGUAGGGAAAUACGGUGACAGCACUACAGAGGCAGACAAGGCCAAACUCCUUUCCAAAGUCUCCAGUAUAGCAGUUCAAACAGUAGCAGAGAUAUCUGUGCAAACUGAACCAGUCGGAACCAUAAGAACGCCUUCGAUACGGGCACGCGUGGAUGCCAAGGUAGAAAUAAUUAAACACAUUUCAGCACCAGAAAAGACUUCCAAAGGGGGCAGUUUAGGAUGUCAAACAGAAGCAGAUUCAGACACACAAAGUCCUCAAUAUCUGGGUGCCACAUCUCCACCCAAAGACAAGAAACGCCCAACACCUUUAGAGAUCGGUUAUUCAUCUCACCUUCGGGCAGAUUCCACAUUACAGCUGGCUCCUUCCCCACCCAAAUCUCCAAAAGUCCUUUAUUCACCCAUCUCACCACUUUCACCAGGCAAAGCCUUAGAAUCAGCCUUUGUACCUUAUGAGAAACCCCUCCCUGAUGAUGUAAGUCCACAGAAAGUACUGCACCCCGAUAUGGCUAAAGUUCCCCCAGCAAGUCCUAAGACAGCCAAGAUGAUGCAACGCUCCAUGUCUGACCCCAAGCCUCUGAGUCCAACAGCAGAUGAAAGUUCCAGGGCUCCUUUUCAGUAUACCGAGGGCUACACGACAAAAGGUUCUCAAACCAUGACACCCUCUGGCACUCAGAAAAAAGUGAAGAGAACUCUGCCAAACCCACCUCCCGAGGAGACCUCCACAGGAACUCAGUCAACAUACAGCACAGUGGGCACAGUUUCCAGGAGAAGGAUCUGCAGAACCAACACGAUGGCACGAGCCAAGAUUCUCCAGGAUAUAGACAGAGAGCUCGAUCUUGUGGAGAGGGAAUCUGCAAAGCUUAGAAAAAAACAAGCAGAACUUGAUGAGGAAGAGAAGGAGAUUGAUGCCAAGUUACGGUACCUGGAAAUGGGGAUUAACAGGAGAAAAGAGGCAUUGUUAAAGGAGAGAGAAAAGAGGGAGAGAGCCUACCUCCAGGGAGUAGCUGAGGAUCGUGAUUACAUGUCUGACAGUGAGGUCAGCAGCACCAGACCAACCCGGAUCGAAAGUCAGCAUGGCAUAGAGCGACCGAGAACUGCUCCCCAAACUGAGUUCAGCCAGUUUAUACCACCACAAACCCAAACAGAAUCUCAGCUAGUUCCUCCUACAAGUCCUUACACCCAAUACCAAUACUCUUCCCCUGCACUUCCUACCCAAGCACCCACCCCAUACACCCAACAAUCCCACUUUGAGCAACAGACUCUGUACCAUCAGGAAGUUUCACCUUAUCAGACUCAGCCAACCUUCCAAGCUGUGGCAACGAUGUCCUUCACACCUCAAGCUCAACCUACACCAACACCACAACCUGCUUAUCAGUUACCAUCACAGAUGAUGGUGAUACAACAAAAGCCCCGGCAAACUGCACUAUAUCUGGAGCCCAAGAUAACUUCAAACUAUGAGGUGAUUCGCAACCAACCCCUGAUGAUAGCACCUGUUUCUACUGAUAAUACAUACGCUGUUUCCCACCUUGGUAGUAAGUACAACAGCUUAGACUUGAGAAUAGGAUUGGAGGAAAGAAGUAGCAUGGCAAGCAGCCCAAUAUCAAGCAUAUCUGCAGAUUCUUUCUAUGCAGAUAUUGACCAUCAUACUCCACGAAAUUAUGUCUUAAUUGAUGACAUUGGAGAGAUUACCAAAGGAACAGCCGCUUUAAGCACUGCGUUUAGCCUUCAUGAAAAAGAUCUGUCAAAAACAGACCGUCUCCUUCGAACCACUGAGACACGUAGGUCUCAAGAAGUGACAGAUUUCCUAGCACCUCUGCAGACUUCUUCCAGAUUGCAUAGUUACGUGAAAGCAGAGGAAGACCCAAUGGAGGAUCCUUAUGAGUUAAAGCUUCUGAAACAUCAGAUUAAACAGGAAUUCCGUAGAGGGGCAGAGAGCUUAGAUCACCUCGCUGGUCUUUCCCAUUAUUACCAUGCUGAUACUAGCUAUAGACAUUUUCCAAAAUCUGAAAAGUAUAGCAUUAGUAGACUCACACUUGAAAAACAAGCAGCAAAACAACUGCCAGCAGCCAUACUUUAUCAAAAGCAGUCAAAGCAUAAGAAAUCACUAAUUGACCCUAAAAUGUCCAAAUUUUCACCUAUUCAAGAAAGUAGAGACCUUGAACCUGAUUAUUCGAGCUAUAUGACUUCUAGCAGUUCAUCUAUUGGUGGCAUUUCUUCCAGGGCAAGGCUUCUUCAAGAUGAUAUCACUUUUGGCCUCAGAAAAAAUAUUACAGACCAACACAAAUUUUUGGGAUCAUCUCUUGGCACAGGGCUGGGCACAUUAGGAAAUACCAUACGGUCAGCUCUGCAGGAUGAAGCAGAUAAGCCAUACAGCAGUGGCAGCAGGUCCAGACCUUCUUCCAGACCUUCCUCUGUCUAUGGGCUUGAUUUAUCAAUUAAAAGAGAUUCUUCCAGCUCUUCUCUAAGACUGAAAGCUCAAGAGGCGGAAGCUCUAGAUGUUUCCUUUAGUCAUGCAUCACCCUCUGGCAGAACUAAGCCUACCAGUUUGCCGAUUAGCCAGAGUAGAGGAAGAAUACCAAUUGUGGCCCAGAAUUCUGAGGAGGAAAGUCCACUCAGUCCUGUUGGCCAGCCAAUGGGAAUGGCCAGGGCUGCAGCUGGACCCCUGCCACCAAUUUCUGCAGACACCAGGGAUCAGUUUGGAUCAAGUCACUCAUUGCCUGAAGUUCAACAACACAUGAGAGAAGAAUCACGGACUCGAGGCUACGAUCGUGACAUAGCUUUCAUCAUGGAUGACUUCCAACAUGCCAUGUCAGACAGUGAAGCCUAUCACCUGCGUCGUGAAGAAACAGAUUGGUUUGACAAACCCAGGGAGUCUCGUUUGGAAAAUGGACACGGUCUGGAUCGAAAACUGCCAGAAAGGUUGGUCCAUUCUAGACCACUCAGUCAACAUCAAGAGCAAAUUAUACAGAUGAACGGGAAAACUGUGCAGUACAUCUUUCCUCAUGCAAGGAUAAAAAUAACAAGAGACUCCAAGGAUCACACAGUUUCAGGUAAUGGAUUAGGAAUUAGAAUUGUGGGUGGUAAAGAAAUCCCUGGACAUAGCGGAGAAAUUGGAGCUUAUAUCGCCAACAUUCUUCCUGGGGGAAGUGCAGAACAGACAGGGAAACUUGUAGAAGGCAUGCAAGUAUUGGAAUGGAAUGGAAUUCCUUUAACUUCUAAAACAUAUGAAGAAGUGCAGAGUAUCAUUAGUCAGCAAAGUGGGGAAGCAGAAAUAUGUGUAAGACUGGACCUCAGUAUGCUAUCAGAUUCUGAAAAUCCCCAGCACCUAGAACUUCAUGAACCACCAAAAGCUGUGGAUAAAGCGAAAUCCCCAGGGGUUGAUCCUAAGCAGUUGGCUGCAGAGCUCCAGAAGGUCUCGCUACAGCAGUCACCACUGGUUCUGUCGUCCGUCGUUGAAAAAGGAUCUCACGUUCAUUCAGGUCCUACAUCAGCAGGAUCCAGUUCUGUUCCCAGCCCUGGGCAACCAGGGUCACCCUCAGUGAGCAAAAAGAAACACAGCAGCAGCAAGCCUACUGAUGCAACAAAGGCUGUCUCUCAUCCAAUUACGGGGGAAAUUCAGCUUCAAAUCAACUAUGAUCUUGGAAAUCUCAUAAUACAUAUUCUCCAAGCAAGAAACCUUGUCCCUCGAGACAACAAUGGUUACUCAGACCCCUUUGUUAAAGUGUACCUUCUUCCAGGGCGAGGUCAAGUCAUGGUUGUCCAGAAUGCAAGUGCUGAGUACAAGAGAAGGACUAAAUAUGUUCAGAAAAGUCUUAAUCCUGAGUGGAAUCAAACAGUAAUUUAUAAAAGUAUCUCCAUGGAACAGCUCAAGAAGAAAACACUGGAGGUGACAGUCUGGGAUUAUGAUAGAUUUUCUUCCAAUGAUUUUCUUGGUGAGGUAUUGAUUGAUUUAUCUAGCACAUCUCACCUCGAUAACACGCCUAGGUGGUAUCCUCUCAAAGAACAGACUGAAAGCAUUGAUCAUGGCAAGUCCCAUUCCAGUCAAAGCAGCCAGCAGUCCCCAAAGCCGUCUGUCAUCAAAAGCAGAAGCCAUGGUAUCUUCCCUGACCCAUCCAAGGACAUGCAGGUUCCCACCAUUGAGAAAUCCCAUAGUAGUCCCGGUAGCUCGAAAUCCUCAUCCGAAGGCCACCUCCGCUCUCAUGGACCAUCUCGCAGUCAAAGCAAAACCAGCGUCACUCAGACCCACCUGGAAGAUGCAGGGGCUGCUAUAGCCGCUGCCGAAGCCGCCGUGCAACAACUCCGCCUUCAACCAACCAAGCCCACCAAUCACCGGCCUGCAGAAAGCUCCGUGUCCACUGGCUCCUCGGGCAGCAGCUUUGGCAGUGGGUAUAGCGUGGACAGUGAAGGAAGCAGCAGCACUGCAGGGGACACUAAUCUAUUUCCUAUUCCAAGGAUAGGAAAGAUGGGGCAGAAUGGGCAAGAGACUAUAAAACAGCCAGGAGUAGGCGUAGGACUAGCAGACACUGAAGUUAAAACUCAGGUAAUGGGAGAAAUCAAGAUUGCACUGAAGAAAGAAAUGAAGACAGAUGGGGAACAACUCAUAGUUGAAAUCCUCCAGUGCAGAAAUAUCACCUACAAAUUUAAAUCUCCUGAUCACUUACCAGAUUUAUAUGUGAAAAUAUAUGUGAUGAACAUUUCUACCCAAAAAAAGGUGAUCAAGAAAAAAACAAGAGUAUGUAGACAUGAUCGAGAGCCUUCAUUCAAUGAAACUUUUAGAUUCAGCCUAAGUCCUGCUGGACAUUCUCUUCAGAUUUUACUUUUUUCCAAUGGAGGGAAGUUUAUGAAAAAGACCUUGAUUGGCGAAGCCUGUAUCUGGCUUGACAAAGUGGAUCUCAGAAAAAGAAUAGUCAACUGGCACAAACUUUUGGUCAGUCCUACUCAAACCCACUGAAGAAAUGUGUCUGCUCAGGGUAUAGAAAGUGCUUUAAACAGUCUUAAAUCAAGACUAUAGUCGAAUACAAUUGUUCUAAGCUAUGCUUUCAGGGGUAACCAUGAGAAGAGGAACAAAAGGCAAAAACAUACUCAAAGGCUUGCAAAUGUAUUGUUGUGGAACAUAGAAAAAAAAGUCAAAUGGAAAAGUUCAUAUAUUGAAGACAAGAAAAAAUGUUCUGAAACCUUGGAUUUCUUGUGGCUGUCAAGAAAAGCAGUGAGAGAAAUUUUGUUUACUUAAUGCAGAAAUUUUUGAGUAGAGUUGAGCUACAGCUAUCUAAAGGCUGAGACUCAAAGAUUAAAAUGUUUUCUAACGCAGGCAAAAGUAAUCCUUUAUGCAAAAGAACUUGGUUGAAAGGAAAAAACUAAUGGAACAAAUCUCGGUUUUCAAAAGUCUCUUCUUCAUCUUAUCUUCUCAGACAACUAACUGUUUUGAGAUUCUGACAUAGGAUACACCUACAAUAUGUGUCCAGACUAGAAGUAAGGAGCUUGUGUUUACAGGGAAAAGGGAACGCAGGGAUGUAGAAAUUAUAGCUUUUAGAUCAUAUUGUACAGGUUUUCUCUGUGUCUAAAUGUUACAAGGGUGAACACCACCAGUUUUAGAAUUCAUGUUGUAAAAGCACAUUAGUAAAACUUGAAAUAAAGUAUAGUUAAGACAAUACUAAGUAGAAAUGAAAUUACAUUUAUCUAGAAAUAAAGCCAUGACUGGCUAACAAAAAAGAAUAUUGCCCCACAAACUAUUGGAUGAAACAUCAAAAACUCCAUAAUUUACCCUUAAUCCAAGACAUUUUCAGUCUACAUAGCAAAGGACCUAGAUUAAAUUGGUAUGUUCUAGGAAGCAUGAUAACUUGUUCUUUGUGGAAUUGCAAAUAAAUGUAUUAUCCCAUAUAUUUUCUUUCUCUUGAAUGAUAUACGGACAGAGAGAAAAUUCUUCCUCUGGCAAACAAAUCGUAUUAAUCUGUGACAUUGAUUAAAUUGGUGUCAUUUCCUGCUCUUCCACAAUGGUCUUUUUUCCCCUUAAUACAUUAACUUGUUGUAAAAUGAAAACCCUGACCCUAAAUUCAAGUUCUCUUUAGUGCUCUAUUUUCCUACUUUAGUGACAGUAUCACAUUGAUCAAGUUCAUCAAUGUUGGGAAAAUAUGUGAAAAAUCAACAUUAUAUUAAGGUGAAAAUAUCCUUUGAGCUAUUUUAAUAAUAUGGAUUAAAAGGACCAACGUCUAAGUCAUUAAAAUGAAGCAUCCUCUUCCCCAUCAAACAACAACGUGAACAAAGGAGGUAACGUGGACUUACAGGAGACGCACUCGGCUAGGAUUAAAAGCCUGGCUUCUGGUCUUGGUUCUGCCACUGACUAACUGUGUCACCUUGCACAUGUCACUUAAACUCAAUUUUCCUCGGUUUUCUUAUUUGUGGGAAAAUAUAAUUAUAUAUUCCUAGCCUUCCUAAUGGGAUGUUGGGAUGAUCAAACUAAGUGAUCUAUGAGAGAAGAUGAAAGCACAUUUCCAAAUAUAGUUUUAUACACAUAAGUGAGGAAUAAGUAUUAUGCAGUUUUUUAUUUCCCAAUUUUUAUAUGUGAAAAAGCAUCUUCCAAACCAAUAGCAAGCACUGACAUGGAUGAAAGCAGUAUAUUGGCUCCAAAGCUAAUUUUUUCUUUAAAAUAUAAACUUUCGUUUAACCUAAAAAAGGGAGAAAAUUCAAUGAAACUGAUUUGCAAAUCGGGUUAUCAUAAAUUAAAUAAAUUAUGCCGAUCUUACCCUAUUCCCGUAUCCACAAAAAUAAAUUAAUUAAAUUGCUUCUCUGUGAAUUCUGAGUUUAAGAGCCGAUUCUUUAUUCAAAGGUGAGGUUUUAGUGGGAUUAGAGAAAUCAUCUCCAAAUAUAUUGCUCAUAUAUUGAAUCUUCUCAUUUUUAAAGAAAAACAUACUUGAAAUCUGAGAGGAAUUGAUUAAAUUUAAGACAUUAAAAAAUAAUUUCUAAUAAAUACCAGGUUAUAUAUCUUUAUUAUAUUCAUAAAGAAAUACAAAUUCACUCCUUUCCAAUCUAAGAAAGACAAGUCACUUUUCUUCCCUCUAAUUUUUAAGACCCUCUCCCCCGAAAAUGCAAUGUCAUUUAUCAUUGAUAUUGCUGUAAAAUGAACGAGCAGCCAGGGGAUCGCUAAGGAUUUGAUAUUGCUAGGAUUUUAUUUUUAGAGACAACUAGAUCUGCUGAUGGUUGCCAUGGAUAUUUCCAGCAGAAUUUAGCACUUUAGGAAGCUUAUAAUCAUCACUCAUAACUGGGGAAGGGAAGGGUUCAGGAAGAUCUCUUUCUGACAUAAAAAGGCUCUGCUGUUUGUCCUUAAAAGGAAACUCUGGCUCCUGUGGGUCCUCUUCUGCAGUCACUUACAUC